UUCAGUUCUCGGGCGAGUCGGGGGAGCUGACCAGUCAACGCCUUGCUGCUUGCAACUUCGACUGAUCUCGACUCAGGAGCUCAGCAGCUCAUAUCCCUUGUCACUUGUGUUGGGCUGCUUGCUUUGAAACAGAUUUUGAUUGCCCAAAGUGGAGGGACUUACAUACCUACGCAGAGUAGAUAGCUCCUCUACAAUUUCUGGACAGGAUGGCGGAGAGCUCCAACAAGCCUGUCGUGUUGAUCACAAAUGAUGAUGGUAUUGAGGCGCCCGGAAUUCUGGCAAUUACAGAAGCCCUUGUUGCUGAUGGGGCAUAUGAGAUAUAUGUAGCGGCUCCGGACAGGGAGCGGUCUGCGAUCUCUAAUGCAAUCACGUUGGAGCCAUUAGAGGUGACAGAGCGAGACAUUAAGGGUGCCAAAGCAUACGGGAUAUCUGGCACUCCGGCGGACUGCAUCCUCCUUGCCCUGUCUGGGGCGCUAUUUACCUGGACGAAGCCAACUCUGGUUGUGAGUGGUAUCAAUCGAGGGUCCAACUGUGGUCUCCACAUAAUCUAUUCUGGGACGGUGGCUGGUGCACGUGAAGCUCUUAUGGGGGGCGUGCCCUCGGUGGCCCUCUCCAUGGAAGACAAGCCGGUGAUGGCUGCUGUAAAGCAGGCUCAGGAAGAGGGAAAUCUGAAAGGAGUGAGUGCAGCUUGGGCAGUUAACAGUCCAGUACAGCGCUUCGAAGCAGCGGCUCAAGCGUGCCUACCGCUCAUCAGGGCAGGGGUGCAGGAUGCUCUGGCAGGCACGUUUCCAAAAGACGCGCUGCUCAACAUCAACGUACCAGAGAGGCCGCUCAAUGAGAUAAAGGGCUACAAGCUGACUGUGCAAGGCUCAGAGCGCUACGUGAAGCGGUAUGCGGCAAUGCCCAACCGCAGGAAGUCCGGGCUGGACAUGGCCAAGCAAGGGGGUAUGGCUUCCCAGCUGGCGCAGCUCGGCCUAGCGGCGGCCUCAAGGGGAGCGGCACGGCGAGCCGCUAAUCCGGGAGUCGGGGUCCGCCCGGGGGACAAGGAGGAGGUGGUCUCCGUGGCUGCUGGGUCUUCGGACGCAUCGCCAAAGACGAUGGAGAAGAAAUAUUUCCAUGCCGAGGUCGGAGAACAUGUCGGCGGCGUUGAUGGCCCAGAGAUCGACUCCACAGUGCUCGCCGAGGGAUGGGUGAGCAUUACGCCGGUAGGUCUCGCGACAAUUGUGUCAGACGUCGCUCGAAAGUAUGCAUCUUCGGUUGUUCAAACGGUCGGGAGCAUUGGAGGGAGCGACGGGACAGAGCAGCCCAAAAGCUCAGAAAACUUCCAAUCAGUACUGUAAGAUGGACGCAACAGAAGCUUUCUUGUCCACAGAGAUCAAAUAGCACGAGCAUAUGCAUAUAUGUGCAGCUUGCUCGCAAAGGUAGGGUUUGAAGAGCUGAAGUGGUUGCGGCACUUUCAAUGGGAAGAGUUAAGGUGCAUGCCUGGAGCUUCUCGCUUGCGCCUCUUCCUGGACACUCCCGAGUGGGAGUAUAGUGCACGUAAACGAACAUAGCGCAAGAUGAGGUUACGCCUUGAGAGUCCAAGGUCGGUUUGUCCGGUGACAGCCGCAUUUAGGCCAUGGUGAUAAGCAUCUGACAAACCCUGACUUCAACGUGCGGAUGACGAUGUCGAAUCCUCUUAUGCAUGGGACUCGAAAUACAUUACAUUGAUAGAGAGGCG